AUGGACCAUUUCUUGGUUUUCCGGCUGAGUUUGGUAUUCAUUUUGGUUAACAGCUUUUUGGUGGUGAGGGCGCUCAGGGAGACGACCACCACUGACAAUUUGAAGGCAUUUCGUCGACACCGUGAGCGACGUGGAUUGGUAUUUACAAAUGGUGGCAUCAUCAAGCUUUCAAUUGGACCAUCAAUACAAGUUGCGUUGGCAGAUCCAGUGCCCUUUCGCUCUUUGGUGUAUUCGUUUAAUGUGCAAGGCGGUCAAUACACAAUUCCAACGGAACCCCUCUACCCGUGGGACAAAUGGGAGAAUACGUUUGCACGUUCAUUGAAGCAAAUAAAGUCAAGAUUUGAAGACUGGGGUGAAAACAAAGACGAUGGUUCGCGUGAGUUUCUCUACACCGUACUGGAGGACUAUAUGGCACGGAACAAUGCCAAUGGCCAUCAAUGUCUAUUGCGGGCCAUAUGCCAGAAUGCCCAAGUUCAACGGCAUGAGGGUAUUUUCGCUCAACUGCUGGAUGUGAUACUAACGCCCGGCCACGAGAAUUUGGAUAAAUCAUAUGUUAUGGCCAUGCAAGCCGGCCGAUAUGGUGUCGAUUGCCUUACAAUGUAUUAUUUAUGUCCCACAGGCAGCAGUCCCCUGGAUCAAUACAUCAAUGAAAUUUAAUAUUAAAGUCGCACCACCUCACUCGUCCCCCUGGCCCGUGAUGUGAAGAAGAAGAAAAUGAAAGUU